AUGGCUCAGCGCAACUACCAUCGGGCCCUGGCGUGCCUCCGCUGCCGCGGCAACCUCGCGGACCUUGCUUCGGCGGCGCUCAACCCGUGCACGAAGCAGUACGUGUUCCCGUGCGGGCACAUCCUCUGUCAGCGGUGCUUCGACACGGCCCGGCCCUUCACGGAGGCGUCCCUCUGCAACCGCUGCAACUCGUGCAUCUGGCGGCGCAGCGCCGCGGAGGUGCCCGGCCCGAUUCCCGAGGGCGAGUGCGCGCACCAGGUGGCCUUCUCGGCGGUGGCGGCGGGCGGCGCGGAGAAGCCGCCGAUCCCGCCGGGCGUGUUCAAGCUCGGGUGCGAGACGGUGGGCAAGGCAUGCGGGCGGUGCGUGGCGGAGCGGCUGCUGCGGCGGCUCACGGCGGAGGCGAGAGGGCUGGGGGUGCCCGGGACGGAGUGCGCGGUGGCGUGCCUGGGGACGGGCAUGGACGCGCUGCACGGGUGGGUGGCGCCCGAGAUGACCAUUGAGGAGUUCGGCGCGGGGGGGGCGGCGCCGCUGGCGAUGCCGGAGCUGCGACGUCUGGCCGAGGAGAGGAUGCCGGAGCUGGUGGCCGGGCUCAGCGGCCUGCGGGCGGAGCGCGGGUGGCGGCCGCAGCUGCUGAUGCAGGGCGUGGUGUUUCGCGUGCCGUACGCGGGCGUGGAGCUGCCGAGCGCGACUGGGGGCGCGGAGGGUGAGGGUGAGGGUGAGGGUGAGGAGGAGCCGCUGGACGUGGAGGCGUGGCUCAACAAUCCCGACGGAGACGCGACGGACCACCUGAUGGACUUUUUGGGCGAGCCGGACGACAUGAUUGACUUUGCGUUUGACUAG